AUGGCGGAAUUGGAAUCGGAAUCUACUCGGCAGGAGGUUCCAUCAUUAUCGCCACCACCAAUACCACCAACAACAACGACUACAGAUGAAGCAACUUCAACAACCCCCCGCCGUCGUCGCGGCGUAGCAUUCUUCGAGCCGAAAAUCGACGACGACGAUGAUGAUGAUUCCAAGAAAUCAUCCCGCGAAAAGAAAGAGAAAGAGAAGAAGAAAAGCAUCCCCACCCUCACAACUCCAAAAUCCCGCAAUCCCAUCUUCUACAUCAUUCCCCUCAUCUUCCUCCUCCUCCUAGCGUAUCUCUCCCUGCCGUCUUCCUCCCCUUCCUCCUCCUCAUUAUCAUCACGAUCGGCGUCACCACAAUCCACGGAAUUCGACACCACAACACCUCUAAAACCUCUCCUCACCUCAUUGGAACAGCUCACGAACUUGUCGCCCGCGUUGCCGUAUACGGGUUUGGGGACGUUUAUUUUGGUGAGGAAUUUGACGGCGCUUGCAUCAUCUUCAUUGCCAUCAUCUUCAUCCUCAUCAUCCUCAUCACCAUCAUCAUCAGCACUAUCAGUCUCUGAGAAUUUGAUGGAGGAAGCGAAUGAAAGCAAGAGAUUAGUAGAGGAAUUCAGUGGAUUGGAAGAUUCCUUUCGCCAGGAUGUGAGGGAAGGGCUGGAAGAAUUCGGGAGAUUGGAAGGAUGGACGGAGGAGGGUAUGCGGGAGGGGUAUGUGGAAUUCUUUGAAUUUCGAGGCGAGGAGGCCAGGGAAUUGGUGCGGAGGGCUGGUGGGGAGUUGGCAGUUGUAUUAGGGAAGUUGAAAGUUGGGUUGAGGGAGGAGAAGGUUGAGUCAGGGUUUGAGAUAGUAGUGGAGUGGCUUGAGAUGGUGUAUAACAAGGCAGGGGAGGUGUUUGGGGAGGUUGUGGAGGAGGCUAAGAGGGGGAAGGGGAGGGUUGAGGGGGUUGUGGAGGGGUGGAUGUCGGAGGGGUUGUUGGAGAGGGAGAGGGGGGAAAUUGAGAGGUAUUUGGAAGUGGAGAAAGUUGCUGGUGAGGUGGUGGAUGGAAUUGGAGAGGUGUAUAUGGGAGAGGGUGAGGUGGGGGUUGUGGAGGGGAAGUUGGAGGUUGCUAUGAAGGAGGGGAGAUUGGAUUGGUGGUGA